AUGGAAAUUUCACCUGGCUCAUCGUCUCACGAACGAGACCGAAAAGGACAUCGGGACCAUCGGGAAAGGACGCGGAGUCACAGUGGAUCACCGUCAAGAUCAUACGGAAAUCAAAAACGAGGUGGAUCAAGACAAGGAAACAGAGGGAGAGAUCGGGAAUCGAGGGAUUCUUUGACACCUCCAUACAAGACUCAACGGUAA